AAUUACUUAAGCGAUGGACCCACACAAUGCCGGUGAAAUAAAAAUUUGAAAUAAGCCCUGCUUGAAGAUUGGGGCUCGGAUGUAACGAGGAAGGAAAGAAAGAAAGAAAGAAAGGAGGGAGGGACUCUCUAGCCAGCAUUUACGAUGACGUCAUCGCCCCGGGCGCGGAGAAGUGGACGGUCACAGAGAGAGCGUGCUGCAGGUGGGACGACGUUAUAGCGCCGCUUCGCUUCCACUAGCGAAGGAUACGCCGUGGGUUUUUUAGGCUGCUUGGCAUUUCGUUGUGUUGGACAUACCAGGCAACAUGGGGAAGCUGCAGGAAUUCGAAAUCACCUUCACCAACAACAAAGUGGUCUACAGUCCGGGCGAAUCCAUUUCGGGAAUGGUUAAGAUCACAAGUGGAACCCCCCUGCAAUACAAAGCGAUUAAAGUGAACUGCCUGGGCUCCUGCGGCGUCUCCAAUAAGAUGAACGACACGUCGUGGGCCUUGGAGGAGCAGUACUUCAGCAGCACGCUGUCAGUCGCAGACAAAGGCACCCUGUUACCGGGGGAACACGGUUUCCCCUUCCAGUUCCUCAUUCCAGCCUCUGCCCCCACCUCCUUCGAAGGCCCUUUUGGGAAGAUCACAUACAGGGUGAAAGCGGUCAUAGACACCUCUCGCUUCUCCAAAGACUACAAGGCCCAGAAGCCCUUUUACCUGCUCAAUCUCCUCAACCUCAACGAAGUACCUGACAUCGAGCAACCCAGCUCGGCGGUGACGACGCGGAAGUUCACCUACCUGCUGGUGAAGACGGGGACGCUCAUGCUGAAGGCCCGCAGCGACCUGAGGGGGUACACGCCCGGCCAGGUCAUCAAACUGGCCACCGAGAUCCACAACAAGUCGGGCAAGGACACGGGCUGCGUGCUGGCCAGCCUCAUCCAGAAGGUGACCUACAAGACCAAGCGGGCCAUCUACGACCUGCGGACCAUCGCAGAGGUGGAGGGGGCGGGGGUGAAGGCGGGCAAGCAUGCCGAGUGGAAGGAGCAGAUCAUAGUCCCGCCCCUCCCUCAGUCAGCGCUCACUGGCUGCAGCCUCAUCGAAAUCGACUACUUCAUACAGGUGUCUCUGAAGUCCCCGGACGCCGUGGCGACCCUCCCCAUCUACAUCGGCAACAUCGCGGUGAACCUGACCCCCUCGCGGCCCACGCCGCCGACCCCCGCCCCGCGCGCCGCCCCCCUCCCCGCCCCCAGGUCCAGCCCCGGGCGGGUGACCCCCAGCGCCCCCCCGGCCGAGGAGGUGGAGGGGGACCCGGAGGAGGAGGACCUGGGGGCGGGGGGCCCCGUCAGCGAGGAGAUCCCCACCAAGAGCCACUCCCAGCAGGACCACUCCUCGCUGCCGCCCUGCGUGUCCCCCAGCGCCUUCAGCUACGCCCCGGGCCUCACCUUCCCGCAGAGCCAGCGCUGCGGCGACGCCCCGGACGGCUCCGCGCCCCUGUUCUGCGUCUCCACGGGCGCCACCAUCCCCUUCUUCUCCGAGGGCAGCGCCACGCCCGUGCCCACCUCCUGUCCGCUGAUCCUGCCCCCGGAGUACAGCACCUGGGACUACCCGCACGAACCACCUCCCACUUAUGAGGAGAGCUGCAGCAGCAACAACUCCAGCUUCAGUAGCAGGCGAUAGACGAGCUGGCAGAGUACGAGACUCUUUCCCCACUGGUGUGCUCCCUGCAGCGCAAUACAGCCCCCUGCAGGUCAGGUUGGAUAAUGCAGUCCAGCUCUGAAUGAACUGAACAAACCACUCCUUAAAUAGAACGUUCUUUUGUUUCAUUCCUUCCUCCGUAUACAUUUAUAAUGGAUUUGUUUUUUUUUUUAAUUAACAUUUUUCCCCUCCUCUGACCCUUUCUGAAAUUAAAAUGAGGCUGUUUUUUAUUUUUUUAAAAGCAAAGGAGCUGCACCGAUAUGUAAGCUGGGAAAAUGGUCUGUCUGACUGUAGGGCAUUUUGGAAAACGUUGUGCAUAGCUCUGCACGCGAGUGCUUUUAAAAGGUUAAUUAAU